AUGUGGUGGGAUGAUGAGGUGCGGGUGGAAGUUGAAUCAAAGAAGAAAGCAUGGUUAGAUUUACUAGCAACUGAAACUGGUAAUUCUGGUGGUAUGAAUGAUGAGAUUGAAAGAAAAAAGGCAGAAUUUAGACGUCUAAAUAAGAGAGUAAAAGAAGUAGUUGAAAGGAAAAAGAAAGAAAGAACGGAUAAGAAUGAUAGAAGGAUAUCUGAUAAUUUCCAGGCUAAUAUAAAAAUGUUUUGGAAACUCGUAAGAACUGCCAGGGGAAAUACAAAACAGCCUAUAAUUAAUGCUAUAAGAGACGAGAAUUGA